AUGAGCAGCGUCCGGUCGAAGUACACGAGGACGGAGUGGUAUUACCGCGCCUGUCGGCACCGGCCGGACAAGGACCAUGUCUUUAGCGAGAUGGACGAGGAGAAACAUCGGCGGCUAAGGCAGCAGAUGGGGUCCGGGUACUCGGGCAAAGAGAACGAGGGGCUGGAGAACUCCAUCGACACGCACGUCUCGGAGCUGGUCCAACUCGUCCGGUCGAAGUACAUCUCGACCGAGGCCGCGGCGAGGCCGAUGGACUUUGCCCAGAAGAUCCAGUACCUGACGCUCGACGUCAUCAGCGACAUCAGCUUCGGCAAGCCGUUCGGUGACCUGCGCGCCGACGAGGACAUGUUCGGCAUCGCCGAGUCGUCAGAGACGGGCAUCAUCAUCUUCACGUACAACAUCGCGCUGGGCCUCUACAAGAUCCUCCACCGGCCCUUCUUCGCGCGCCUGUUCGGGCCCAAGGAGACGGACCCGACGGGCUGGGGCCGCAUGUUCGCCAACGGCCGCGCCAUCGUCCGGGCGCGGCUGGCGCUCGGCGCGCAGGGGCGGUCCGACAUGAUCGCGUCCUUCAUCCGGCACGGCCUCACGGAGGAGGACAUCCUGUCCGAGACGACGCUGCAGAUGAUCGCGGGCUCGGACACGACGGCGGCGUCGCUGCGGACCAUCAUGCUCUACCUCAUGACGCACCCGCGCGUCUACGCGAAGCUGCGGGCCGAGAUCGACGCGUCCGCCGCGAGCGGGCACGCCUCCGGGGGGGUCGUCUCGGACGCCCAGUGCCGGAGGCUGCCGUACCUGCAGGCCGUCAUCAAGGAGGGGAUGCGCGUCCACCCGCCGGUGACGAUCAUGGUCCCGAAACGGGUGCCCGACGGGGGCGACACGGUGGUCGUGGACGGCAAGACCGUCUUCCUGCCCGGCGGGACCAACGUCAACUGCGCCGCGUGGCCGCUGCACAUCAACGAGGAUGUCUUCGGCGAGGACGCCGGGGUGUUCCGGCCGGAGAGGUGGCUGCUCGAGCGGGGCGAGGGGAGGCUGGCGAGGAUGCACCGCGUGCACGAGCUCUUGUUCGGAUACGGCAAGUAUCAGUGUCUCGGACGGCCCAUUGCGAUGAUGGAGAUUGGGAAGACGGUCUACGAGCUCAUGCGCAACUUUGACUGGUGCCUCGCCAGGCCAGACACGCCGUGGAAGGAAUCCAACCAUGCGGGCGUCUUCACUCACAACGACAUGUGGGUUCUUGCAUCGGACCGACCGAGCAGUUGA